UGAGAUUUUGCAAAACAUGUUCACGGAGCUUGCGACAACUUUUUUUAAUGAAUUUUUGUCCAGGAUACCCGAACACAAGAACAACGCAUGGAAGAAGGACGACGUAUGUUCCAGAUUUUUGCCGCCCGCAUGUUUGAACAACGGGUCCUUUCAGCUUAUCGUGAAAAAGUCGCUCGUGAACGUCAACAGCGCCUAAUUCAGGAAUUGGAAGAAGAAGAUCGUCUUCGUCAAGAACGGGAACAGAAAAAAGCCCAAGACAGAGAAAGAAAGAAAGAACAAAAAAGACAACAAAAACUGCUCAGGGAAGCGGAACGUGCAGCAAAGGAAGCGCAACGCAAGGCGGAAGAAGCAGCUGCUAAAGCGGAAUUGGAACGCAAACAAGAAUUGGAACGUCAGAAACGAGAACAAGAACGCAUUCGGAAAGAAGAAGAACGACAGAAAAAAGAGGAAGAGCGUCGACGACGGAUAAAGGAAGAAAAGGAUCGUGCCGCGGAGAAGGAGAGACGACGAAAAGAGAAAGAAGAAGCCGAACGUCAAGAACGGCAGAAACGAGAAGCUCAGGAACGUCGUGAACGUCAGCAAAAGGAAGAGGAAGAACGACGUCAACGUGAAUUCAAGGAACUGAAAGAACGUCGCGAAACGGAACUGAAAGAAGAAAUGGCACGUCGUGAAAUGGAAGCCAAUGAACGUAAACGACAGUGGGAAAAGGAAGCUCAAGAGAAACCAAGGUCAUCUGGUGCCACCGAGAAAGUGUCCAGAGGAGGUCGAUCUUCUAGGCAGACUACGGCAUCCGCCAGUAAUCCGGUCACUGAUACCGUUGUUCCUCCUACCACUAGAACUUCAACUGCAGCCGCGGCGGCCACUUCUGUCACUGUAACGUCUUCUUCUUCCUCAUCCUCGAUUUCCACUUCGUCCCCUAUCUCUUCCUCAUCUUCGCCUUUACCACCAACGGGAGGAUCCAUCGUCAAUGCUUCUUCCAUUCCUCUAUCCUCUCCAUCCCAAAGCACGACUUUGGCGUCCUUCAACUCCACUGUGACAUCGCACCCAUUUGAUCAGGAAUCAAGACAAAAGAUGCUCAUGGACGCUCUGGUAGGAUCCUCGCGACCUACCGCCAGCCCGUCUCUAUUCCAAGAACCAUCGUUGAUGGAUCCACCAGACAUACCAUCGCUACGUACUCAUCGGCCAUCCCAACCUCUGUUAUCACCCAACCAUCCCCGUUCGAGUUUGGAUCUGUUACAAGCGAUGCCUCCCCCACCAUUAUUGAACGGUCCACUUGAUUUAGCAAUGUCGGUACACGAUACGCCCUCUAGUCCAACCGGCGGUGUGGCACUUGCCCCACCAUCUCUUGGUAUUGGCAUGUUACCCAUGUACAACCGUGCUUCAAAUCCCGUGGAGAACAGUGGUUUGUCUCGCUCGAUUGGACGUCCAGCCAACCACCUUGCACCGAUUGGGCAACCUGUCAAUGGUCGACGUGCGUCCACUGCCGCCGGCCCCAUCGGAAGUCCUGUCGUCUCAAGGUCCGGUAAAUCAAGUAUAGAUAAAGGCUCCACGGAAGCCACGCCUAUCAAGAGACCAACGGGAUCGGUUGAGCAUGAAUCAACGAAUUCCUUCUUUUCCAAUUUUCUGUUUGGUGAACCAAAUCGAGGGUCGUAUAUGAUACCCUUGAUGCAUCACGAGUCGGAGGCGAGGACAGGUCAUAAUGUGGAUUUGCAGCCACCGCCGUUCAAUCGACGAUUUUCAUCGGACCCUGUCGGGAUGAAUUGGACUAAUGGUUGGACGGCGACAUCGAUGCUUUCAGAUAAUGUUCACGGCAAGCUUUUUGGUGAUGUUCUGGUAAGUUACUUCAAUCUUGCAUGGAGAAAUGGGCCGAGUCGCUGAGUUUCUUUGUGGCCAGCCUGAUCGAACCACCAUGAUUCUGGAGCGAGCCAAGGCGGCGUAUCAGAAGUUGGACGAAAUCACGCAGAGUAAAUACUUUACGUCGCCGUUGCAAUUUCACACCUUGAUACAGCUUCAUCGUAUCAUGAGCGAUCUUUACAAUGAUUAUCCGGUGGACAUUCGGGAACUCUACGAAGUGUUGAUGGCGUCACCGC